AAUUACGCGGAACAAUAAAACCGAUAACGACGAUGUUGUUGUCGGCGUUCAUGCGGUCACGCGAUAGCGUGGAAUUCACGGUACAAAGAACGAGAUUCAUCUCGCGAAAAUCAAGGAAACAGACACUGCUCGUCUUUCAUCAAUUCGUCACAGAUAAACGAAGUCAAUACCAACUUAAAUAGAGUAAUCGGGAGCUUCUAUCGGCAAUGUUAAUGAACAUAUUGCGCCCGUCGGGUUAUCGCCACUAUUCCACAUCAGUGGCAGUCGGUUGCCAAUAGUAGAACCAUCUGUGUAAGCACAAAUUUCAUCCAAACAUAUGGCCACGGACGACAGUCUUUGAAUUUACGAGUAAAUACAACGUGAAAAAUAUUAAUAACAAUCGGUGUUGUGUUAAAGUGUACAAAGAUCUUGAUACGAAUACGAUAUCGCCGCCGUUGGAAAGUGUGCGCUUGCGAAAGGAACAAAUAUUUACAAUUUGUUUUAAAAGAGGUUUUACGAGCUGAAAAUAAUUCGAGAUCGCUGUUUGCGUAUUUAUCUUGGAAAAUAUGGCUCAAUUCGUUUGCAUAGAGGAUUACCAGAAGCACGCCUUGAACCAUUUAACGCCCUCCGUUAGAGACUAUUACAAUUCCGGGGCUGGUGAGGAGUACAGUUUGAGACUGAACACGGAAGCUUUUAAAAAAUACAGGAUACGGCCUAGAUUUUUAAGGGAUGUUUCGAAAAGGGAUUUAAGUACCACGAUCUUAGGUGAAAAGAUAUCGAUGCCGUUAGGAGUAGCACCAUCCGCGAUGCAGCGCAUGGCGCAUCCCGACGGCGAAUGCGGGAACGCGAGAGCCGCCGAAGCAGCUGGUACGAUCUAUACGCUGUCGACGAUAUCAACAAGUAGCAUCGAAGAAGUAGCCGAAGCGGCACCGAAAGGAAUAAAAUGGUUCCAACUUUAUAUAUAUGUAGAUCGUAACGUUACCUUAAAUUUAAUUAAACGAGCAGAAAGAGCUGGUUUCAAAGCACUCGUUGUUACCAUUGAUGCACCGCUGUUCGGCGAUAGACGGGCCGAUGUUAGAAACAAAUUUACACUACCAAAUCAUUUGAGAUUAGGAAAUUUCGUUGGAGAGAUGUCGAACAGAGUAAAUACUACGGAGUCUGGUUCCGGUUUGAACGAAUAUGUUGCAUCUCUGUUUGAUGCCUCUUUAUCGUGGGAAGAUAUCAAAUGGGUUAAAAGCAAUACAAAGUUACCCAUUGUUUUGAAAGGGAUCCUAACACCGGAAGAUGCACUUUUAGCUAUCGAAAGUGGAGUGCAAGCGAUCAUCGUUUCGAAUCACGGUGCCCGACAAGUCGAUAGUAUUCCAGCAUCGAUCGAAGCAUUACCGGAAAUAGUUAAAGCUGUAAACGAUAAAGUAGAGGUUUAUAUGGAUGGAGGUGUGAGGCAAGGAAUCGAUGUAUUUAAGGCACUAGCUUUGGGCGCGAAAAUGGUAUUCGUUGGUAGACCUAUGUUAUGGGGUUUGGCUUACUCGGGCACAGAAGGUGCAAAGCAUAUUCUUGAACUUUUUAGGAAAGAAAUUGAUCUGACGUUUGCGUUAACAGGCUGUAGAUUGGUAAAAGAUGUGAACCGGGAUAUGGUAAAGCAUGAAUCUUAUUACAGUCAUUUGUAACAGGUUAAUCUAAGUGUAAUAUAAUUGUAAUAAAAUUAUUCGCAAAG